AUGUGGCUUGGGCUGCUGAUGGCACUUCUCCUGGUAGGCGCUCUGGGAUAUGUCGGCUGGGCCUGGAACGAGCGCAAAAGGAAGAGGGACGAGUUCCGCACCGCGCACAACUUGGAGCACAACAUCGAGCCUCGCUGCCUCGCUCGCAUCCUCGGAGAGGAUUACACGCCGUCCUGGGUGAAGUACCCAGACUAUGAGCGCAUGGGGUGGGUCAAUGACGUCAUCGUGCAGCUGUGGCCGCACGUGUCAUCGGCCGCGGCCGUCACCGUUCGCGACAUGGCCGACCCGAUACUUGCGCAGAACAAGCCCAAGUGGAUCAGCAGGAUAUCGCUUCACACCUUCACCCUGGGAGACAUCCCCCCGCGCGUCUCCGGCUGCAAGGUGUUUAGGCGGGAGGGCGUGCAGCAGGAGGUGCUGGUGGAGAUGGACUUCUCCUGGGCAGGCAACCAGAAAUUUCAGCUGCAGAUAAAUCCGCUGCCCAGGCUUCCAGUGCCGCUGGGAAUAGGGCAGUUCAUAUCGGAGUGGCUCGGCAUGCGCGUCGGGGUGAGCGAUAUCAAUCUGCACGGCCGCGUGCGCAUCAACAUGCGGCCCCUCAUGGCCAAACUGCCCAUCGUCGGAGGCGUUCAGGUGUCCUUGGUGGAUCCGCCGGACCUGUCAUACGCGCUGAUCCUGCAAGGCGGCGACAUCACUUUUCUCCCAGGGCUGGAGGUGUUUAUAAAUAGUCUGAUCAAGGACGUCAUCCUGCAGCCCUUCAUCUGGCCCCACGGCUACACCAUCCCACUCGCGCCGGGGGGCGGCCGCGAGAUGCCGGCGGGGAUCCUGUACGUGAAGGUGAUAGAGGCAGAACACGUCCCCAACAUGGACCUCUUUUCCAAAACGGACGCGUAUGUGGUUCUGUUUGUGCGCGGCCGCCGAAAGCGCAAGACCAAGAUCGCCUGGAACAGCCUGCACCCGCGGUGGUGCGAGGAAUUUGAGAUGUUGGUGCACGACCCGGAGCACCAGGAGCUGACAGCGGUGCUGUACAACCACUCCUCUUUUGGCGCGGACGAGGAGAUAGGGCGGGUCACAAUCCCCCUGCAGGAUUUACCCCCGGGGGAGGAAAAGGAUCUGUGGCUGGAGCUCGGCCCCCCGGCUGGCUCCAAGCGCGGCAAUCCCCUCAGCGCCGGCGUCCGGGCGGUGCGGACGGUUGGGCGCACAGUCGGCCACACAGUGACGAGCGUGGUGACGCUCGGGUGCCUGCAGAAGCGCGCAGAGCCGCCGCGGCUGCACCUGGAAGCCACCUUCUUCAAAGUGGGCGCCGAAGAAGUCAAGGCCAUCACGCGCGGAGAGUCCAGCCAGCAGGUGGAGGCAUCGGCAUCGGCUGCCGGGGGCGAGUCGGCCGCGGCGCGCAACCCGAGGGUCAUCAACAUGCUGCGCGGAGGAAUCCUGUACGUGAAGAUUGUCAAGUCCAUGCAGGAGACGGAGGACGGCAUCCCUGCCAGGGCCACGCAGGUGCGUGUGCGGGUGGGCAAUGAUGAGAAGAGGACUGCAGAGGCCGAGGGCAGAGAGAACCAAGACUGGGAGGAGAUAUUGGAGUUUGCAAUUGGUGGCGAUUUGGUGGACAAGCCUGAUGAGCAGAUUGAUGUGGAGGUGUGGGACUACCACUGGGUUAAUCGGCCGGGCAACCUCACCUGGGGCCCGGAGAUCGGGCAGCCGGAUUUUACGGGCGCCGGCUGGGUGGAGGUUCCUCUGAGGCAGGUCAUAGAGCGGCGUUCCAUGCACGAUGUGUGGCGGCUGAAUGAUGUCCCCUUCGGCUGCGUCGAAAUGGAUCUCCAGUGGCUGCCUGUGCUUGAGGAGUCCUGA